ACUGGUUUCAGAGGCGGGGCACAUAAUAUUACCAUAAUAUUGCCGAGGAAACGCUUGUUAUUUAUUUUUGAACUGCUAAUAAAGUUUGUUUGAAGAAACAUUCUCUGUGUUGGUAGUACUGUACUGGUGUGUUCAGCAAUGGGGUCUGUGACCGAUGAUGAGGUCAUCCGGAAGCGGCUUCUGAUUGACGGCGAUGGGGCUGGUGACGAUCGGCGCAUUAAUGUCCUAUUGAAGAGCUUCAUCAAGUGGUGUAAUUCUGGAUCCCAGGAAGACGGGUACACUCAGUACCAGCGUAUGUUGGGUACCCUGGGACAAUGUGAAUUCUCAAUGGGGAAAACGUUGCUGGUCUAUGACAUGAACCUAAAGGAAAUGGAGAACUAUGAAGAAAUCUACACAGAAAUAGGGCAGAACUUAACAGCUGCACACGAAAAAAUUGCUGAAUGCAAAAAAGAAAUUUUACAAGCAAAGAGAAUACGAAAGAACCGGCAAGAAUAUGAUGCGUUAGCAAAGGUCAUUCAGCAGCACCCUGACAGGCACGACACAUUGAAGCAGCUUGAAUCGCUUGACAAAGAACUGCAGCAUCUGUCCCAGAUAAAAGAAAAUGUUGAAGACAAGCUUGAGCUGAGGAAGAAACAAUUUCAUGUUUUGCUAAGCACCAUCCAGGAACUUCAACAAACAUUAGAAAAUGAUGAAAAGUUCUCGGACGCUGAUGAACAGCAAGAAAACCAAAUGGAAACAGAAAAUGGACACUGAAGAGACCAAGCAGUCUGUUUACACGUGUUUUGGACCUCAAUCUUUAGUGUGUUAUUAGAUAAUAGCUCUCUUGUCCUUUUUUAAAAAAAAAAUUAUACGAAUUGGCAAAUGCUUAUGGUGUUGUAAUACAUAUAGUUUGAAACUAGUUAGUUGUCACUAGAUUCAGUUAUGAAAAGAAGAGAAUUUCCUGGAAGUGUGUGUUUUUGCUGAUUAUGUAUAUUAUGCUUAAGGGAGUGAAAUGUUGAGUUGCACAGUUACAUUACUACUUUCUUUCUCUUGAUGUGAAAAAGAUGACUUUUAAUACACAAGUGCAUUCCAUGAAUAUCAUUUCUUUAACUUCCUUCCCUGACUGAAGGUGUUUUAGUUGCUCUGACCAAGGCUCCAAAAGCACAGACAACAUGCAGAACAGAAAGUCAAAAUUUUCUAACACUGAAUUAACAAUAGGUUGUACAGUUAUGGCAAAUUGUGUCAAUUUCCUGGCCCCACCACUCUUUCAAUUAUUUUUAGCCCCAUAAAUUGUACUGCCCUGUAACACCUGUAAGUUGCCUUGGAUAAAAGUGUCUGCCAAAUAAAUAAAUAAUAAGAAACCAAUA